AUGGAAGACAAAUGUGAGCAGUGCGGUGGGGAAUCCAAAACGGCAAUCCAUGCAGUCUGGGAAUGUGCCACGCUCGAUGAAAUAUGGGAGGCGGUUCCAGGAUUUGAAGAUCGAAGACAACAUGCUAUCUCAAACACUAUAAACCUGAUUAGUGUGCUACAUGAGAAGAAGAAAAAUCUAGAAAUUAUGGCCAUGGUGAUGUGGACAAUUUGGUACCAACGCAACCAGCUCCGGGUUAAUUCAAAUGAGUUUCCUAGAUCGCAAGUCCUCCAUCAAGCAACUCAGUCCUUGGCUAUCUUCCAACAAAGCCAACAAUCCAUUUGCCAGCCUUCUGUUAUGCCACGGCCUCCCCCCCGCGCACAGUGGAGUCCGCCACAGCCGAACUGUUUUAAACUGAAUUUCGACGGCACCAUGUUUCCGGAGUUGGGCAAGGCUAGACUAGGAGUGGUCGUUCAUGAUAGUCAAGGUACUAUGAUUGCUUCACUGUCGAAACAAGCUCCUAUGCCAUACUCAUCGGAUAUCGCGGAAGCCAUAGCAACAGUAAGGGCGUUGGUCUUUGCACAAGAACUGGGUAUAGAUGCAUUUGUUCUUGAAGGAGACUCGAAAGUUGUGAUUAACACCCUCCGUAGCAAGGAAGCCUCGUUCUCUUCAUUUGAUCACCUUCUGGAGUCAGCAAAAUCCAUGCUUGUUUCUAGUAUUUGCUUAAAGUUUUCCCAUGUACGUAGAAGUGGUUGUUAA